CUGGAAAGAGAGAGAGCGUUAAAUUGGGCAUGCCGCCUCAGUUGAACUUGAAAGGUCAAGCAAACAGAAAAAAAUAAAGAAAGAAGCAGCUAGUUGAGGCGAGGCGGUGAGAAGAAGCUACUACCAAUCGGAAAGCUCUUUAUCAUUCUCUCUGAUCUUAAUAUUUCUCAAGGUUCUGUGAGCUCUUCAGGUUCACAUUUAGAAAGCGUUGCAAGGCUUUUUCUAAAUAUACUCAAAAGCCUUGUGGUUUGCUUCCUCGUGCUCUUUUCUGGUUGAUUUGAAGUGGAGAUACUGAAGUUUUUGAAGGUGAGGAUACAAUUAUUUGUUAUAAAAAAUCUCAUCACAAAGCUUUUAUGGAGUUAAGAUGGAAUAAUGCCAGGGUUUAGAAUGUUCCGAGUACAUGCAAACUAGUCUUUCCCGUGCACAAAGUCCUUCUCAGUGAUAAAAUUUGUUAGAUUUCGUGCAUGUUUCAUAAAACACAUGCCAAGUACCAUAUUCUUUAUGCUGAUUUGCUUUAUCCUGGCAAAAUUGUCUUUGCAAGCUAGGUAAAGGAUCAUGGUGGGAUUUAAGAAUCGGUACAUGGUAAUGGAAGUUUUCUUGGAUCCAAAUCGAGAUCUUGGAGUGGAUGAUCCUAUUAUAAUAACACAAUAUAAUGUUUCAAAAGCGAUUAAAGACAGUAUUCUCGUAAACUUUGGGGAGUGUGGUUUGGCUUCAUCCCUUGGAUCGUUCCAAGUCAAGUAUGUGAAUCCGAUUACCAAGCUAUGUAUCAUCAGAACCUCACGAGAGGAGUACCAAAAGGUCUGGUCUGCAAUUACCAUGGUUAGGCGCAUUGGUAACUGCCCAGUUCUAUUCAACCUGCUAGAUCUAAGUGGCAUUGGAACUUUUACUCAGCUUUUCUCUUUAAUUUUGCUUGUCCUUGUUGUUCUAGGAAGUAUCAAGGCCUGUAAAGUUGCUGCCUUGAAGUGUGAUGAAAUGAAAUUUGAGCACUACAAACUUGCAGCUGGAGCACCUCUCUCUACUGAUGUUAAUCAGCACAUGCAAAACUGUCUUGAAAAGAUCAAGAUUUUGGAGCACUGAGCCUUGCGUUGGUUGUAACCUACCGGCCUGCCAAAUUUUGGAGCACUACUUUGUUUUGCACAACUCAUGAACAGUUUCAAACUGGCGAUUUCUGAUCCAUCCCUUUCAGCAAUGGUGUCAUGAGUUGUGUUGGUCGUAAAAGACAACCUUAAUUAGAAUGCAAGGAUCAGCUAACAAGAACAAAUAGCCAAGGAUGGUCGAGUUGCUGCUCCAAGGAUCUAGAUCCAGGAAUCCCAUUCUUGACAAUUUUUUUUUUUUUUUUAUUUGCUUAUGGAAAGAAAUGCAAACAACAAAUCUUAUCAAUUUAUAAAUCCUUAGCUUAAUAAUAUUCUUACAUCAAAUAAAUACAUAUCUUUU